AUGCUGGCGGCGACGGUGAUGGUUAUGCUGAUCAUGCUGGUGGCGGCGUUGUCGUAUGCUCCGGUCCCGCCAGAGAGCCUGCCGGGGGGAGAUCAUGCUGGUCCGCCGGCGCGGGCGAAUGGUCGGCUGGAUGGAGCCGGUGUCGGCGGUGUGCCGGGCUCGGGCCGUCCGCCGCGGGUCGGUGGCGAUGGUGGCGGAAGCGCUGCUGCCCUGCCGCAGCUGCCGGUGCGGCGAGUGGCGGUGGCGAGGCGGCUGCGCGAAGGCGAGACCCUGGUCCUCGGCUCGGGCGAGACGGCGGUGCGGCUCAAGACGUCGACGGCUGGAGGCAAGCGCGGCUCGCCAGGCAAGCCCGGCACUCCGCUGAGCUCAGCAGUGUCGGCAGCGAUGCGGGCGCAGGGCGUCGAUGUGGUCGAGCUGCUGCCGCGCGAGCCGGCAACCGGCGAGCUCAAGCCGUAUGCGGUGCUAGGCAAGCCGAACGAGUUCGAGACCAUGCAUGCGCUGCGCCACGGGGCACGGCCACGGCUGCAAGCCCUGCCACUCGGCGGCGGCAGCGGCGAGUCGGAGCCCUCAGACUCGUCGGAGCUCUCAGCCCGCCGCCCGCUCCCGCCGCUGCGCUCCAACUCGGCGCUCGGCGCUUACCUGGCCGAGGCGGCUGCGCGCGACGAGGCCAAGGAGGCCGAGCGGCAGGCGAUGAUGCUGAUGCACGAGCGGAUCGCUGAGGGCCGACAGGAGCGGGCCCUCGCCCGGUGGGAGCGGCAGCGUGCGGUGUGGCGGCGCGAGCAGGAGCGACUGGCGGCGCGGGUGGGCAAGGCGCCGAACGAGUUGGUUUUUACCAAGGCCUCGGCGUUCCGGGCGCUUGUCGAGGAGCGUGCCAUUAUCGACAAGGCCAUCCCCAUGUACGAGACAUCGGGCAAGUCUGCCGGCGGUUCGUUCUGGCCAGAGCACAUCCGCAUUGGCAACGACAUCACCGGCCUCACCGCCACCAUCCCGCCGGUCUCCAACGAGCCUGUCGAGCGGAUUCGGGUUGUCCCGCUCGACCAGCUCGACGCCGACGCCAUCCUCAACCCUCAGCCCGGCCAGGGUGGCGCGUCGCUGGCGCGCGGCAACACCGGCCUCGUGAAGCCAUCGCAGUACCUCCGCCAGCGCAAGCGGCAGCUGGCACGGUACAUUGCAGCAGUUCAGCCGCCCGAGCCGGACUUUGCCGCGCUGGCCAUUGUCGGCGAGUCGCCGUUUGCCAGCGGGAAUGCUCCUGCCGAGGAAAGCGGGUACUACCUGGCGGCGGGCGGUGUGGCGGGCGGCGGCGACGGCGACGACGGCGACGGUGACGGACGGCGGUCGGUUGUCUCACGGGGGUCGGGCAUGGACGGCAUCGACCAGUUUGAGUAUGACGGUGACCUGCAGAACGAGCUGCCGAUGCUCGGGCAGCGUGGGGUCGGAGCGGACGCGCUUGCAGCGGCCGCCGUCUUUCCGGCGUCGCGGGCCGAGUCGCGGACAUCGUCGGUCGGCAGCGUGGCCGGGCCGUCGCUGCGUGUCUCAUCGUCGUCGCUCUUUUUCGAGACAAACGUCGAGGUUGCGGCGCGCAAGACGCUCCACACCUUUAACAACGGCACAACGGUGCUCCACUACAAGUGGGAGCUUGUUCCGCUGCCAAACGAGCUCGGCGUGACCCGCGACUCGCAGCAGCGGUUCUACUUUCACGACCUGACCGGCUCGAUCCUCCCAGGCGCGGCGCACGAUUUCGCCUUUGUCUUUACCACGCCCAACGCCGGCCACUUCAAGCAGGUCUGGCGUCUGACGACGUCGCCGGUCACCCGCGGCUCGCCGUUUGAGGUCACGCUCCGGGCCAUGGCCGUCGGCUUUGACCACAAGCGCGAAGUCCGCGAGGCUCUCGAGUACCGGCUCGAGGUAGCGGUCAUCCGCAUGGCGGCCUCGGAGAUCCUCGACGAGGUCAUCUCAUCCAUUCUCGACUCGUCGGCGACCAAGCCCGAGGUCGAGUCGCCCGACGAGCAUGACGCCGGCCGCCGGUUCUUUGCCGCCAACCCGGGAACCCAGCUCGCGUACUCACCCACAUGGUUCGAGUCGCUCGAGGAUCUCGCGUACUCGGCGUACGUCCUCGGACUGCCGUCGGCAACCGACCCGGCCCAGGCAGGCACCUCGUCUGAAGGCUCUGUUCACGGCUCCGGCGGCGGCGACUCUGCGUCGCGCGCGGCAAGCCCCGCUGGCGGCAACGAGGUCGAGCCAGGCCUCUCGCGGGCGUCGCUCUCGCGGGCGUCGCUCUCGCAUGCGUCGGUCUCGGGCCUCUCCGAGGCCGACGGCUACGACGAGUACGCCGGUGAGUCUGCGUCGGGCUACGAGCUGCGGGUCCAUGACCGCGCAAAGACGACGUCGUUUGUGCUCUCGCGUGCUGCGUCGGCGGCUGCGAUCGCGGCCAGCAACGCCCACUUUGUGUGGUCCGGCUCGCUCAAUGAGCUUCACACGCUGGUGGCAGCAAUUCCGUUCAAGGAUGCUUGCGCAGAGCACGCUGCGCAGCUCAAUGCUCUCAUCGACGCUGCGUCGUUUGCGCCAGUCUCUGCGCCGGUCAACACCAACUACUCCAUUGUUUACGGUCUGCUGGUCGAGAUGCUCGACGAGCUGCCGGUCCGGGCCGACCUCCUCCGCGACCGUAACGGGCUCGAGCCGCGGCCGUUUGUCCGCCCGCUGCCGGCCAACGUCUCGGCCGCACUCAAAGCCGAUUCGACCGGCGGCAGCCUGGACCUUGCCGACCCGGCCGUUGUUGCCGCCCUCCAUUCGCUCCUGCCGUCGGGCAACCCGCUGGCCGAGCUCGAGGCCCGCGAUGAGAGCGCGACGCUUCCGCCGAAGCGUGGUAUCCGCGGCGACCGUGAUGCAUCCGAAGAUGCCCGCCUCGGUCGCAACCGCUCCAAGCGCUCAGUCGCAACCGGCGCCAACCUCGCUGCCUCGCACGAUGAGUCUGGCAAGCGUGGCACGCGCCGGUCGGCCUCGCGCUCCAAGCGCGACCCGCUCGACGAGGACGUGCGGACCGUGCUUGCCGAGCGGGCAGCAUCCAUCGCCGCCGCUGAUCCGGCAUCGUGGACGCCUGUCGAGGCCGCUGCCGAGGCCGAGUACCGCGAAGAGCUCGAUCUUGCUGUCCAGAGCAUGUGGGAGGACGUCUUCUCCAGGGUCGGUCUCCUCUGCGACGACAACGAGGUGUGGGAGAUGGUCGAGCCCGAGUUUGCCGCCGAUCUUGAUCUCUAGCGGAUGCUGGCGAAUGAAAACAUGUUGUGCAA